UCACAUUCGAAGAAGACGGUUUGAAAUUGACGAACGAGGACGAGCGUCGAGCGGAAGAAUUUGAAAAACAGCAUUAUUUUUUUUAAAAGUGGGUGCAACCGAAAAAAAGGACGGGAAUUUGCAAAAUGCAACGAAAAAGGCCGCUGCAAAGGGCGAUAUUGUGGAAAGGAUAAAAACAAGGAUAUUCGGAAAGAGCGCCCUGCAAAUCGAGUCGCGUGUGCGUGAGUGAGAGGGAGAGAGCGAAAAGAAAAAAGUGCGGCGUCGGUUUGAAUUUGAAUAUUGGCUCAAUCCUCUGAAAUACGGGAAGUAGUUUUUUUUGGCUUUUUUUUAUGUUUCAAAAAUGAAAAUGUCGCCGUCGUCGGGAAAGCGUCCUUUCCUAGUUUACCAAACAAAGCUCUAAAACUAUAAAACAUACCUGGAAGUGAUUGAAACACUCAAUUAAACAACGCAAGAAACAUCCUCAAAAGAAACUUAACUAGAAGCGCAAAAGAGAAGUGAGGUGAAAAACUGGAAAAGUGGUUAACUGGAAAACUGGAUUACGAUGCAAUCGCAGCGCAGCCGACGUCACAGUCGCGCACAAACCACUUGGAUUUGUUGUUGGUUUAGCAAAAUGCUCGCCGCGUCGCUGCCUAUGCUGCUGCUGGCGCUGGCGUUUGCGAAUUUACCGAGCACAGUCCACGGAACUGAUACCGCGUUGGCCCCCGUUUCCUGCACAAGUUCGGGCUGCCAGAACGGCGGCACCUGCGUCACACAAAACAAUGGCAAAUCCCACUGCGUCUGCGACCCGAACUUCGUUGGCUUCCACUGCGAGCACCGCAACCCGUGCAACUCGAGGCGCUGCCAGAACGGGGGCACCUGCCAGGUGACCUUCCGCAACGGCCGCCUGGGCAUCUCCUGCCAGUGUCCGCUGGGCUUCGACGAGUCGCUCUGCGAGAUCGCGGUGCCGAACGCCUGCGACCACGUGACCUGCCUCAACGGGGGCACCUGCCAGCUGAAGACCCUGCAGGAGUACACGUGCGCCUGCGCCACCGGCUACACAGGAGAGCGCUGCGAGACGAAGAACCUGUGCGCCGGAUCGCCGUGCCGCAAUGGAGCCACCUGCACCGCGCUGGCCGGCAGCGGCGGCUUCACCUGCUCCUGUCCGCCGGGAUUCACCGGGCCCACCUGCUCCGAGGACGUCGAGGAGUGCCAGUCGAGCCCCUGCAAGUACGGCGGCACCUGCGUCAACACCCAUGGAUCCUACCAGUGCAUGUGUCCCACGGGCUACACGGGAAAGGAUUGCGACACCAAGUACAAGCCCUGCUCGCCUUCGCCCUGCCAGAACGGCGGAGUUUGCCGGUCCAACGGACUCUCCUACGACUGCAAGUGCCCCAAAGGCUUCGAGGGCAAGAACUGCGAACAGAACCUGGACGACUGCCUGGGACACAAGUGCCAGAAUGGCGGCACCUGCGUGGACGGGAUCUCGGAAUACAGCUGCCGCUGCCCACCGAACUUCACCGGCAAGUUCUGCCAGGAGGACGUGGACGAGUGCGCGCAGCGGGAGCACCCGGUGUGCCAGAACGGGGCGACCUGCACGAACACCCACGGCUCGUACAGCUGCAUCUGCGUGAACGGUUGGGCGGGCCUGGACUGCAGCAACAACACGGACGACUGCAAGCAGGCGGCCUGCUUCUACGGAGCGACGUGCAUCGACGGCGUCGGCAGCUUCUACUGCCAGUGCACCAAGGGCAAGACGGGGCUGCUGUGCCACCUGGACGACGCGUGCACCUCGAACCCGUGCCACGCGGACGCGAUAUGCGACACGAGCCCCAUCAACGGCUCGUACGCCUGCUCGUGCGCGACCGGCUACAAGGGCGUCGACUGCUCCGAGGACAUCGACGAGUGCGACCAGGGAUCGCCGUGCGAGCACAACGGCGUCUGCGUGAACACGCCGGGCAGCUACCGCUGCAACUGCUCGCAGGGAUUCACGGGGCCGCGCUGCGAGACGAACAUCAACGAGUGCGAGUCGCACCCGUGCCAGAACGAGGGCAGCUGCCUGGACGACCCGGGCACCUUCCGGUGCGUCUGCAUGCCGGGCUUCACCGGCACCCAGUGCGAGAUCGACAUCGACGAGUGCCAGUCGAACCCGUGCUUGAACGACGGCACCUGCCACGACAAGAUCAACGGCUUUAAGUGCAGCUGUGCGCUGGGCUUCACCGGCGCCCGCUGCCAGAUCAACAUCGACGACUGCCAGUCGCAGCCGUGCCGCAACCGGGGCAUCUGCCACGACUCGAUCGCCGGCUACAGCUGCGAGUGCCCGCCGGGCUACACGGGCACCAGCUGCGAGAUCAACAUCAACGACUGCGACUCGAACCCGUGCCACCGGGGCAAGUGCAUCGACGACGUGAACAGCUUCAAGUGCCUGUGCGACCCCGGCUACACGGGCUACAUCUGCCAGAAGCAGAUCAACGAGUGCGAGUCGAACCCGUGCCAGUUCGACGGCCACUGCCAGGACCGGGUGGGCAGCUACUACUGCCAGUGCCAGGCGGGGACCAGCGGCAAGAACUGCGAGGUGAACGUGAACGAGUGCCACAGCAACCCGUGCAACAACGGGGCCACCUGCAUCGACGGCAUCAACUCGUACAAGUGCCAGUGCGUGCCGGGCUUCACCGGCCAGCACUGCGAGAAGAACGUGGACGAGUGCGUGAGCAGCCCGUGCGCGAACAACGGCGUCUGCAUCGACCAGGUGAACGGGUACAAGUGCGAGUGCCCGCGCGGCUUCUACGACGCCCACUGCCUCAGCGACGUGGACGAGUGCGCCUCGAACCCGUGCGUGAACGCCGGCCGCUGCGAGGACGGCAUCAACGAGUUCAUCUGCCACUGCCCGCCGGGCUACGCGGGCAAGCGCUGCGAGCUGGACAUCGACGAGUGCAGCAGCAAUCCCUGCCAGCACGGCGGCACCUGCUACGACAAGCUGAACGCCUUCAGCUGCCAGUGCAUGCCCGGCUACACCGGCCACAAGUGCGAGACGAACAUCGACGACUGCGUGGCCAAUCCGUGCGGCAACGGGGGCACCUGCAUCGACAAGGUCAACGGCUACAAGUGCGUCUGCAAGGUGCCCUUCACCGGCCGCGACUGCGAGAGCAAGAUGGACCCCUGCGCCAGCAGCCGCUGCAAGAACGAGGCCAAGUGCACGCCGAGCGCCAACUUCCUCGACUUCUCCUGCACCUGCAAGCUGGGCUACACGGGCCGCUACUGCGACGAGGACAUCGACGAGUGCUCCCUGAGCGCUCCGUGCCGCAACGGGGCCAGCUGCCUGAACGUGCCCGGCUCGUACCGCUGCCUCUGCACCAAGGGCUACGAGGGGCGCGACUGCGCAGUGAACACGGACGACUGCGCCUCGUUCCCCUGCCAGAACGGGGGCACCUGCCUGGACGGGAUCGGCGACUACAGCUGCCUCUGCGUGGACGGCUUCGACGGCAAGCACUGCGAGACGGACAUCAACGAGUGCCUGAGCCAGCCCUGCCAGAACGGGGCCACGUGCAGCCAGUACGUGAACAGCUACACCUGCACCUGCCCGCUCGGCUUCUCGGGCAUCAACUGCCAGACGAACGACGAGGACUGCACGGAGAGCUCCUGCCUGAACGGCGGCUCCUGCGUGGACGGGAUCAACGGGUACAACUGCAGCUGCCCGGCGGGCUUCUCCGGCGCCAACUGCCAGUACAAGCUGAACAAGUGCGACUCGAGUCCCUGCCUCAACGGGGCGACGUGCCACGAGCAGCGCGACGAGUACACCUGCCACUGCCCCAGCGGGUUCACCGGCAAGCAGUGCGGCGAGUACGUCGACUGGUGCGGCCAGUCCCCCUGCGAGAACGGGGCGACCUGCAGCCAGGCGAAGCACCAGUUCAGCUGCAAGUGCUCCGCCGGGUGGACGGGCAAGCUGUGCGACGUGCAGACCAUCUCCUGCCAGGACGCGGCCGACCGCAAGGGGCUCAGCCUGCGGCAGCUGUGCAACAACGGGACGUGCAAGGACUACGGCAACAGCCACGUCUGCUACUGCGCCCAGGGCUACGCGGGCAGCUACUGCCAGCAGGAGAUCGACGAGUGCCAGUCGCAGCCGUGCCAGAACGGCGGCACCUGCCGUGACCUGGUCGGCGCCUACGAGUGCAGCUGCCCGCGCGGCUUCCAGGGCCAGAACUGCGAGCUGAACAUCGACGACUGCGCCCCUAAUCCGUGCCAGAACGGCGGCACCUGCCACGACCGCGUGAUGAACUUCAGCUGCAGCUGCCCGCCCGGCACCGUCGGCAUCAUCUGCGAGAUCAACAAGGACGACUGCAAGCCGGGCGCCUGCCACAACAACGGCAGCUGCAUCGACCGCGUCGGCGGCUUCGAGUGCGUCUGCCAGCCCGGAUUCGUGGGCGCCCGCUGCGAGGGCGACAUCAACGAGUGCCUGAGCAACCCGUGCUCCAACGCGGGCACCCUGGACUGCGUCCAGCUGGUGAACAACUACCACUGCAACUGCCGGCCGGGCCACAUGGGCCGCCACUGCGAGCACAAGGUGGACUUCUGCGCGCAGAGCCCCUGCCAGAACGGCGGCCACUGCAGCCUGCGCCAGAGCGGCCACCACUGCAUCUGCAGCAGCGGCUUCUACGGCAAGAACUGCGAGCUGAGCGGCGAGGACUGCGACUCGAGCCCCUGCCGCGUCGGCAGCUGCCUCGUGGCCGACGAGGGCUUCGGCUACCGCUGCGAGUGUCCGCGCGGCACCGCCGGCGAGCACUGCGAGCUGGACACCCUGGACGAGUGCUCCCCGAAUCCGUGCGGCCAGGGCGCCGCCUGCGACGACCUGCUCGGCGACUUCGAGUGCCUCUGCCCGAGCAAGUGGCGCGGCAAGCGCUGCGACAUCUACGACGCCGCCUACCCGGGCUGGAACGGCGGAGGAGCCUCGUCCUCGUCGUCCUCCUCCUCGCUGGCCAACGGAAACGGAGGCGGCGCGGGAAUCAUCGGCGGGAUGGGAUCGAGCGGCAGCGAGCGGUACGCGGCCGACCUGGAGCAGCAGCGGGCGAUGUGCGAGAAGAGGGGCUGCGGCGAGAAGCGGGGCAACGGAGUGUGCGACGCGGAGUGCAACACGUACGCGUGCAACUUCGACGGCAACGACUGCUCGCUGGGCAUCAACCCGUGGGCGAACUGCUCGGCGAACGAGUGCUGGAACAAGUUCAAGAACGGCAAGUGCAACGAGGAGUGCAACAACGCCGCCUGCCACUUCGACGGGCACGACUGCGAGCGGAAGCUGAAGAGCUGCGACAGCCUCUUCGACGCCUACUGCCAGAAGCACUACGGCGACGGCUUCUGCGACUACGGAUGCAACAACGCCGAGUGCAGCUGGGACGGGCUGGACUGCGAGAACAAGACCCAGUCGCCGGUGCUGGCGGAGGGCGCCAUGUCCGUGGUGAUGCUGAUGAACGUGGAGGCCUUCCGGGAGAUCCAGGCGCAGUUCCUGCGCAACAUGAGCCACAUGCUGCGCACCACGGUGCGGCUCAAGAAGGACGCCCUCGGCCAUGACAUCAUCAUCAACUGGAAGGACAACGUGCGCGUCCCGGUGCCCGAGAUCGAGGACACGGACUUCGCGCGCAAGAACCGCAUCCUGUACACCUCGCGGCCGCAGCUCCACCAGACGGGCAUCCAGGUGUACCUGGAGAUCGACAACCGCAAGUGCACCGAGUGCUUCUCGCACGCCGCCGAGGCGGCCGAGUUCCUCGCGGCGACCGCCGCCAAGCACCAGCUGCGCAACGACUUCCAGAUCCACAGCGUCCGCGGCAUCCAGAGCCCCGACUACGAGGACGGCGAGCCGGCGGCGAACUUCAAGUACGUGAUCGCGGGCAUCAUCAUGGUCAUCCUGGCGAUCGCCUGCCUGGGCAUGGUGGUCAGCACGCAGCGCAAGCGGGCCCACGGCGUCACCUGGUUCCCCGAGGGCUUCCGCGCUCCCGCCGCGGUCAUGUCCCGCCGCCGGCGCGACCCCCACGGCCAGGAGAUGCGCAACCUGAACAAGCAGGCGGCCCUCCAGGCGCAGGGCGUCGGCCUCGGCCAGCCGGGCUCCCACUCCCACUCGCACUGGUCGGACGACGAGUCGGACAUGCCGCUCCCGAAGCGGCAGCGCGGCGACCCCGCCUCCGGACUCGGAAUGGGACUCGGACUGGGACUGGGCAGCAACGGCGGCUACGCCAGCGACCACACGAUGGUCAGCGAGUACGAGGAGGCGGACCCGCGCGUCUGGUCGCAGGCCCACCUCGACGUGGCCGACGUGCGGGCCAUCAUGACGCCGCCGGCGCACCAGGACGGCGGCAAGCACGACGUGGACGCGCGCGGCCCCUGCGGACUCACCCUCAUGAUCGCCGCCGUGCGCGGCGGAGGACUGGACACCGGCGAGGACGUGGAGAGCAGCGAGGACAGCACCGCCCAGGUGAUCUCGGACCUGCUGGCGCAGGGCGCCGAGCUGAACGCCACCAUGGACAAGACGGGCGAGACGUCGCUCCACCUGGCGGCGAGGUUCGCGCGCGCCGACGCCGCCAAGCGCCUGCUGGACGCCGGGGCGGACGCCAACUGCCAGGACAACACGGGCAGGACGCCGCUGCACGCGGCCGUGGCCGCCGACGCGAUGGGCGUGUUCCAGAUCCUGCUGCGCAAUCGGGCGACCAAUCUGAACGCGCGCAUGCACGACGGCACCACCCCGCUCAUCCUGGCCGCCCGGCUGGCCAUCGAGGGCAUGGUGGAGGACCUGAUCACCGCCGACGCGGACAUCAAUGCGGCGGACAACUCCGGCAAGACGGCGCUCCACUGGGCGGCGGCGGUGAACAACACGGAGGCGGUGAACAUCCUGCUGAUGCACCACGCCAACCGCGACGCCCAGGACGACAAGGACGAGACGCCGCUCUUCCUCGCCGCCCGCGAGGGCAGCUACGAGGCCUGCAAGGCGCUGCUCGACAACUUCGCCAACCGCGAGAUCACCGACCACAUGGACCGCCUGCCGCGCGACGUCGCCAGCGAGCGCCUCCACCACGACAUCGUCCGGCUGCUGGACGAGCACGUGCCGCGCUCCCCGCAGAUGCUCAGCCUGGCGCCGCAGGCCAUGGUCGGUUCGCCGCCGGGCCAGCAGCCCCCGCAGCUGAUCACCCAGCCGACGGUCAUCUCCGCCGGCGGCGGCAACGGGAACGGCAGCAGCGGCAACGGAGGCGCUGCCGGGAAGCAGAGCAGCCAGGCGGCCAAGCAGAAGGCGGCCAAGAAGGCCAAGCUCAUCGAGGGCUCUCCGGACAACGGCCUGGACGCGGCGGGCAGCCUGCGGCGCAAGGCGAGCUCCAAGAAGGCGAGCGCGGCCUCAAAAAAGGCCGCUGGCCUCAACGGACUGAACGGCGGCCCGGGGAUGACUCCGGGGGGAGCGGUGGGCCCGCCGCCGCCCCCCAACUCGGCGGUGGCGGCCGUGGUGGCCAUGGCCCACGAGCUGGACAGCUCCCCGGUGGGCGUGGGCGUGGGAGUGGGCCUGAACCCCUACGACACCAGCUCGAUGUACUCGAACGCGAUGGCCGCUCCGCUGGCGAACGGCAAUCCGGGCGCGGGCACGGGCGCCAAGCAGCCGCCGAGCUAUGAGGACUGCAUCAAGAACGCACAGUCGCUGCAGUCGCUGCAGAGCAACGGGCUGGACAUGAUCAAGCUGGACAACUACGGCUACUCGAUGGGCUCGCCGUUUCAGCAGGAGCUGCUCGGCGGCCAGGGACAAGGACAGGGACAGGGACAGAACCAGGGUCAGGGACAGGGACUCGGCAUGAACAGCAGCGGCGGCGGCGGACCGCGGAACGUGCUGCCCGGCGGACUGUGCGGCAUGGGCGGACUGAACGGAGGCGGGAACGGGAGCGGCCACGAGCAGGGCCUCAGUCCGCCGUACUCGAACCAGUCGCCGCCGCACUCGGUGCAGAGCAGCCUGGCGCUCUCGCCGCACGCCUACUUGGGCUCUCCGUCGCCGGCCAAGUCGCGACCCAGCCUGCCCACCUCCCCCACGCACAUCCAGGCGAUGCGGCACGCCACCCAGCAGAAGCAGUUCGGCGGCAGCAGCCUCAACAGCCUGAACAGCCUGCUGGGCGGCGCCGGCGGAGGCGGGGGCGUGGUCGGCGGAGGGGGCGCCCAGAACUCGCCGGUCAGCUUGGGCAUCAUCUCGCCGACGGGCAGCGACAUGGGCAUCAUGCUCGCCCCGCCGCAGUCCACGAAAAGCAGUGCAAUAAUGCAGGCGAUAUCCCCCCAGCAGCAGCAGCAGCAACAACAGCAACAGCAGCAGCAACACCAGCAGCAGCAGCAGCAACAUCAGCAGCAGCAGCAGCAACACCAGCAGCAACAGCAGCAGCAGCAACUCGGAGGCCUCGAGUUCGGUUCAGCGGGCUUGGACCUGAAUGGAUUUUGUGGAUCUCCGGACUCAUUUCACUCGGGUCAAAUGAAUCCGCCCUCGAUACAAAGUUCGAUGUCCGGCUCCUCGCCGUCGACCAACAUGCUGUCGCCGUCGUCGCAGCACAACCAGCAGGCCUUCUACCAGUACCUAACGCCCCCCAGCCAGCACUCCGGCGGCCACACGCCGCAGCACCUGGUCCAGACGCUCGACAGCUACCCGACGCCGUCGCCGGAGUCGCCCGGCCACUGGUCCUCCUCCUCGCCGCGCAGCAACUCGGACUGGAGCGAGGGCGUCCAGUCGCCGGCGGCCAACAACCUCUACAUCUCGGGGGGCCACCAGGCCAACAAGGGCUCCGAGGCCAUCUACAUUUGACCGCCCUCCGGCCGCCUUUAUCUUGAUCUGCACUUGCAUCUGGAUCCGUGGUCCGGGCUGCGGAUUGCGGAUCGCGUCGCUGGAUUGCUUGCACCGCAAGACAGGGAGGAGGGACUCUUUAAGAGUCCGCGGAUGGGCUCCGCCUGAGCGCUUUCCAGUGUAGUUCUUAAUCUCCGAAUUCGCGACUUCUUUUUUUUUUUUUGAGUGUCUGUAAGCCUAGGUUUUAGAUCGAACACGCAUCCUCCUCUGGCGGGGAGGCGUCGUAAAUUGUAGUAACUUAAAUUAUUCUAACGCUUGUUGUACAGUGCGCCGAUCGCAUAAUAUACAUAGAUAUACCCGUUAAGAGCUCGUUUGUGGCGCAUUUUAUUCUAUUGUCGUAACGUCGUCGUAGCUUCCAAGUAAACAAAAACGCAAACAACUAAACUAAACGUAAAGCUAAAAGGAUCACCGUAACCGUAACUGUAAACCGUAACUGUAAACGUAAACGUAAUCGUAAACUUAGCGCAAAUUCUGAUGGACUGCUGGAUCCACGUCGGCGCGUGCGACCAUCGACCAUUAUUUCACUAGACCCUAAGUCUAGGCUAAGAUUUUACCGAAUUCUACAUUUACCCCGGCCUGCGCUCUAUUUAGAUGUACGUUACGUAGUUGCGUAGGCCCGAAACUGAAGUGCUUAUAUAAACGAAAUUGUUAGCCGUACUCUGCAUCCAACAUUUUUUUUACACCAAGUUUUUUUUUAACUAUUAUUAUUAUGACUAUUUUGUAUUAUUACGUAUUGACUAAGCUAAUCUGUAAAAAGAUUCUCAUAACUGUUCGAUUUAAGUUGUCGAAACAAAAGGAACGAACGCACGAACCCACGAAAAUCACCGGCGAGAACCACGUAGCAUUAAAUGGCUAAUGAAAAAGAAACCGAAACAAAAACAAAAACAAAAACAACAAGAAAUUAAGACAGUAACACGCCAAGUUUUUAGAUACAUAAGACCCCUUCGAUCUAAGUUGAUGGAUGGAUAGAUAUUUUCAAAAAAUAUAAAGUAGAAAAAGACACUAAAAGUCAGCUAGUACGACUUUCUUGUUCGAUUCGCUCUAAUUUUAAUUUCUUUCGUCUGUAUUUCGCAUAAGUUUUUAAUGUGUAAAUUGUAAAAUUCUUGUUUUCCUAACCUAAACAGCGAAACAGUAAAUGCGAUUUUUCUGACAUAAAUAAUAAAUAUUAAUAGUUAUUUUAAAA